AUGGCCACUACGGACAACCCUCUACGAUGGAAAUACCUUCACAAGGUCCUGACCAAACCCGGUCCGUUCAGCGAUGAGGAUUGGGUUCCUGGACCGGAGACUAUCAGUGCGUUGGAAUCAUCGAAAAUCCUGGUGAUAGGAGCUGGUGGCCUAGGCUGCGAGAUCCUGAAGAACCUGGCGCUCUCCGGGUUUAAAGAUAUUCAUGUCAUCGAUAUGGACACAAUUGAUAUCUCCAAUCUUAACCGACAGUUCCUGUUCCGGCAAUCGGACAUCGGCAAACCCAAGGCAGAAGUUGCGGCAGCCUUCGUCGAGAGACGGGUCAAAGGCGUCAAGAUUACGCCAUAUGUCGGCAAAAUCCAGGACAAGGAUGAAGACUAUUACAUGCAGUUCAAGAUCAUCGUCUGUGGCUUAGACAGUAUUGAAGCCCGCCGAUGGAUCAAUGCGACACUCAUUGGCAUGGUUGAUCCCGAAGACCCGGAGAGUUUGAAGCCGCUUAUCGAUGGCGGAACUGAAGGAUUCAAGGGCCAGGCCCGUGUUAUUCUCCCAACACUCUCUUCCUGCAUCGAGUGCCAGCUCGAUAUGCACGCUCCCCGCCCAGCCGUACCUCUUUGCACCAUCGCCACUAUUCCCCGACAGCCGCAGCAUUGUAUUGAAUGGGCGCACCAGAUCGCCUGGCAGGAGAAGCGCAAAGAUGACGCGUUCGACAGCGACGAUAUGGAGCAUAUCGGUUGGGUGUAUAAUGCCGCUCUUGAACGCGCUGCGCAGUUCAACAUCCACGGUGUGACCUUCCAGAUGACACAAGGAGUGGUCAAGAAUAUUAUUCCAGCGAUUGCGUCGACAAACGCGGUGAUCGCCGCCGCGACUACGUCCGAGGCGUUGAAGAUCGCGACAUCGUGUAAUCCCUAUCUCGAGAACUAUAUGAUGUACGCUGGCGAAGAAGGCGUAUAUACGUACACAUUCGAGGCGGAGAAGAAGCCGGACUGCCCGGUGUGUGGAAAUUUGGCUCGGAAGAUGACGGUUGAUCCGAAUAUGACCUUGCAGGAGUUCAUUGAGACGCUCGGAGAGCGUCCGGAAGCACAGCUGAAGAAGCCCAGCAUGAGAACCGAAGAGAAGACUUUAUACCAGCGAUUCCCGCCUCAGUUGGAGGAGCAGACCAGGCCCAAUCUGCAGCGGAAGGUCGGCGAGCUGGUGGAAGACGGGGAAGAAAUUGCUGUCAGUGAUCCUGCGUAUACCAUCGACUUCCGGUACCGGUUGAUCUUCAAGUAG